AUGCCUGCUUCUUCCAGUCGUCGUAUCAAUUCAGUUCUUGCCAACUAUGAAAAAACUAUUAGGAAGAACAACGAAUCAGGUGUUCAAUCCAAAAUGUACCUUAGCAAUUUGGCGGCCAAUCCAAGGGCAGGUCUUUUGAUGAAACGGUCAAGUUCUAGACGAUUAAUGAUGCCGCUGUCUGUCGUUGAAGAGAAAAGCGAUGCUCAUUUUUCAGUCAACACGGUCAGUACGACUGAAAGUUCAGCAUUUGAUCCUUUUGCUGACGCCCCUCUAGGGGACUGGGAAUGGAAAAACGAUGACGGCGACUCCAGUAGCUUCAAUGGAUCCGGAACUUUUGAUUUCGGCGAAGAAGAUUUCGACGACAUCAAUUGGAAUACCGAGGGAUCGAUGGCAUCCCAUACCUCUCGGAGAUCACAAUCGUCAAAAAGGUCGUCUGCUUCUGGACCGGUAACGAAUAAGGACGACCGAGACCGCCGACGGCGUCGUAGGCAGCAAGUACCUUCGGGGAGUGUCAGCAGCCGGCGCCAGGCUCGCCACAUGGUCAAUUCACUCAACUCGGCACUGGAAACUUCGACUUCUUCGCUGGAGAAAUCCCCGCCAACACUGCAGGACGACAAAGACGAUGUCCAAUGUAGGACGGCAGGUUUGCGGAGACAUCGAUCUUUUCGAGGAGCGGAUGGUAUUGAUGGAUCGCAGCAUUCUACGAGUUCCGGAACCAGCCGAUCCAAAAGGAGCUUUAAGCCCCGGAGCUUUCCAGUGAGUAAGAAAGAGACCCAAGUACCAACAGCUUCGUGCAGUCGCCGGACAAUUGCUCCCGUCGAGGUGCAGGACGGGACGAAUCUCAGAAACGGCGAAUUGUUGCAUUCCCGAGAAGAGUGCUCCAGCCGCAGAAGCCGAUUUCCUCGAGACCCUACUUCACAGACGGAAACGAAUAGCAGCGCUGGCCACCGCGAUCGAACUUCGUAAAAUGGCGAUUCGAGUGACACAGAUAAAGCGCUACCGAAUGUUUCAAAAUGAAUCAGAGAAAUAUAUACCUACGAACUGACAUGGCCAUCCGCCUUUUCGAAAUGCGUCCUGGGCGCCACCCAAAUGUGAAUGUGAUCUGUCGUGUUCAUGCAAUAUGUAACAUUGCGAUGC